AAAUUGUAUCUAUAGUACAGCAUAUGACUGAACAUACAGCUUGUAGUAAUUGGACUGAUAGUUAUUGCCCAAUGCAAUGGAGGAACUAAAUAGCUGCGAUCGAAGUUGGUUUGCACUUUGCUCAGUAGUCGCAGUUGGCAGCUGGCUUUCACUUUCUACGUGUGGUCUAAUGCUGGUGUUAUAAUGGACUUUCUACGUGUUGUCUAAUGCUGGUGUUAUAAUGGACUUUCUGUGGUGUGACCAUGGACACAUGUGAUGUGAAGAUGUACUACAUCAUCAUAGAGAAACAAAUGUUGCUCAUCAAUGCUGGCCACAUCUGUUACAUCCAGGAGAGCAGGUACAUGUCAAGGCUUAGCAGAUCUGAAUGUCUGCAGGAAUUGCCUGUCAUUUGUAUGGGCUCCAGUUAUGACAGGCUCCUGAAAGUAAACCACCUAAAACCAGUGACUGCUAAGGAGGCAGAGCUGCUGCAAGCCCUAGGAGAGGACUCAGAGAGACUGAAGUGGUAUUUAGAGAGGGAUGCUUUGGCUACAGCCCUGGGUUUAACUAAGGAUACACCUGUCACUGUGGAGUUGGAUGGGAAGUGGCUGCAGGGAAUUGUACGGUACAUUGGAAGGUUGACAGAGCCAAAGUUCACAGACCCCAUCGUAGGAACCUUCUUUGGCAUCGAACUACAGGGAGAAGACAAAGGAAAGGGACCAACAGAUGGGACAUAUCUGUCAAAAACCCUAUUCUCCUGCAAGAAAGACUGUGGGAUUUUUGCUCCAUUUUCCAGAGUGAAACCCAUGUUUUCCAAACCCAAAUUGGUGUCCAAGUGUCUGACCUUUCCAGCAGCCCAGCUGGCCACGCAACCGUCGUCCCAACAGGCCCACCAUCAGCCCCUCUCCACCGGAGACAGAGUCACCUUCUUCAUGGACGAGGACAUCCUCCAUGGGAUGGUGAUGGAUCUGGAGGAGAAGGAGGGCAAGACCUUAGUCAUCAUCUCUACUGACCGGGAUGAGAAGAUCACCCUACCGCUGGACAGCGUCAUCAAAGGGGACCUGCUUCAACAGGAGCCUGAGCCUAUGGAGACUGAUAAGGCCGUUAUGUCUAUGGAGGAGGUUCACCCCUUGGGGCUUGGUGUUGACUCUCUAGUGGAGGUGACUCUGGCUAUAGGACCUGGCUAUGGAACCAUCCGCUGGAUAGGCACUUUGCCUGGGCAGAUAGGAACCUACGCUGGACUGGAGCUGGAGGAUGGGUACACUGGGGUUAGUAAUGGUACCUUUAAAGACCAUCGGUUCUUCAGAUGUCUUCCUAGACAAGGUCUCUUCGUCAAGCUUCUAUCCUGCCGGCCUGACUCCCGCUUCCAGGGGGCAUCAGCCAAUGUCCUUCAAGAGAGACAGGCGUUGCGCAGCCCUGGGGCGCUCCCCUCCUCCCCCAUCGCCUCUGACCAGGUCGAGAGGAUGCUGAUUGGUCGAAUGAAGGGGAUCCAGGGCCAUAUAAACUCUUGCUACAUGGACUCCGCCCUCUUCAGUCUGUUCUCCUGUUCCUCAGUGUUGGACUCCCUGCUGUUUAAGUCAACAGAGCCUAGGGAUGCCCCCAUCCAGAGUACCCUGCUACAUGACAUCGUCAACCCGCUCCGCAGUGAAGGUUUUGUGGAAGGGAGACACAUUAUGAAGCUUCGUCAGCAGCUGCAGGAGCUUGGAUACUGCCACACAUUCACCACAGAGGAGAAAGAUCCAGAAGAGUUUCUUACCCUCAUUAUGCACCAUAUUUUCUGUCUGGAUCCUCUCCUCAAACUGUCAGCAGGGGGAAAGGUCCAGGACAGUUACUGUUAUCAAAUCUUCCUGGAUAACAACCACAGCCUGGUUCUGCCUACAGUCCAACACCUGCUGGAACACUCCUUCCACAGCGCAGGACUCAAACUGGCAGAGGUGCCGUCUUGUCUGAUCCUCCAGAUGCCUCGCUUUGGGAAGAAGUUCAAGAUGUUUCAGAAGAUUAUCCCUUCACUGGAGCUGGACAUUACUGACCUCCUCUCUGAAGGUCCCCAGCAGUGUGUGUUGUGUGGUCAGCUGGCAUAUGAGGAGUGUGUGGACUGCUUCAGAGACCCAGUCUUCAGCAGGACAGGAUUUAAAGUGUUCUGCAGGACCUGCUCCUCUCAGGUGCACUCUCACCCCGAGCGGCUGUCCCACAGCCCCUCCCCCCUGCAGCUCCCUGAGGGUUACCCCGCCCCCACUACCCUCCGAGCCCCUCACCCUGCCCCACCCAGAGAGAGACUGGAGCUGUUUGCAGUGCUGUGCAUAGAGACCAGUCACUAUGUCUCCUUCAUCAAACAUGGACCAAACAGCACAGACUGGAUCUUCUUUGACAGCAUGGCUGACAGACAUGGAGAGAGGGAUGGCUUCAACAUUCCCCAGGUGGAGGCAUGUCCAGAGGUUGGCAUGUACCUGGUCAUGUCACCCGCCGAGCUGGCCAACCAGGUGCCUCGGGACAUGAAGGGCGUGGCUAAGCGUCUGUUCUGUGAUGCCUACAUGUACCUGUACCAGAGUACCAGCAUCAGCCUCUACCGCUGACAGAAGGCAGGACCACAUGGCAUCGGGCAGAAAAGGGAGCGCCUCAAAGCUGAAUAAAUCAACAGUGAUAACAUCUUCUCACCACUUCAUAUUCCUAAUGUGAUCAGAGGGAGAUGAGAGAGGGUCAGAGAGAGAGAUAGAAUCACUUAGAGGUAGGGACAGAGGCUGGGGGGCGGGGGCAUUGCUUUUGGAAGGCUGUUGGAGCACUUUUCUUUAGGAAGUGGGUUAACUAAGGAGAUCAUUUGAUCUGAUAAACAUUAACACAGGAGCAGCAUACUAUUUAGCCUCAAUCUAUAUGAAAUAAUAAACAUGUUUGUUAUAUCUCUGUGCUCAAAAGGUUAUUCUGAGGUGAGCCUCUGGCGUACGACUGGGCUACAUCCCAAAUGGCACCCUGUUUCGUAUAAAGUGCACUACUUUUGACCAGAGUACUACAUACUGUAGGGAAUGGGGUGUGAUUUGGGAUACAUCUGGGCUUACACAAGGCAGGUAUUGAUGUACAGAAAAUCACAUCUCUUUGACAUUUAUAGAGCCAAUUUAUAUGGAAUUGCCAAUUUUCUAACUUCCCCCUUUUCUACUCUGUGAGGUCAUUAUGGUGCAAAAUGAAAGGAAUUAAACCAUUUUCUACUCUGUGAGGUCAUUAUGGUGCAAAAUGAAAGAAAUUAAACCCUUUUCUACUCUGUGAGGUCAUUAUGGUGCAAAAUGAAAGAAAUUAAACCCUUUUCUACUCUGUGAGGUCAUUAUGGUGCAAAAUGAAAGGAAUUAAACCAUUUUCUACUCUGUGAGGUCAUUAUGGUGCAAAAUGAAAGAAAUUAAACCCUUUUCUACUCUGUGAGGUCAUUAUGGUGCAAAAUGAAAGAAAUUAAACCCUUUUCUACUCUGUGAGGUCAUUAUGGUGCAAAAUGAAAGGAAUUAAACCCUUUUCUACUCUGUGAGGUCAUUAUGGUGCAAAAUGAAAGAAAUUAAACCAUUUUCUACUCUGUGAGGUCAUUAUGGUGCAAAAUGAAAGAAAUUAAACCCUUUUCUACUCUGUGAGGUCAUUAUGGUGCAAAAUGAAAGAAAUUAAACCCUUUUCUACUCUGUGAGGUCAUUAUGGUGCAAAAUGAAAGGAAUUAAACCCUUUUCUACUCUGUGAGGUCAUUAUGGUGCAAAAUGAAAGAAAUUAAACCCUUUUCUACUCUGUGAGGUCAUUAUGGUGCAAAAUGAAAGAAAUUAAACCCUUUUCUACUCUGUGAGGUCAUUAUGGUGCAAAAUGAAAGAAAUUAAACCCUUUUCUACUCUGUGAGGUCAUUAUGGUGCAAAAUGAAAGAAAUUAAACCCUUUUCUACUCUGUGAGGUCAUUAUGGUGCAAAAUGAAAGAAAUUAAACCCUUUUCUACUCUGUGAGGUCAUUAUGGUGCAAAAUGAAAGAAAUGAAACCCUUUUCUACUCUGUGAGGUCAUUAUGGUGCAAAAUGAAAGGAAUUAAACCCUUUUCUACUCUGUGAGGUCAUUAUGGUGCAAAAUGAAAGAAAUUAAACCCUUUUCUACUCUGUGAGGUCAUUAUGGUGCAAAAUGAAAGAAAUUAAACCCUUUUCUACUCUGUGAGGUCAUUAUGGUGCAAAAUGAAAGGAAUUAAACCAUUUUCUACUCUGUGAGGUCAUUAUGGUGCAAAAUGAAAGAAAUUAAACCAUUUUCUACUCUGUGAGGUCAUUAUGGUGCAAAAUGAAAGAAAUUAAACCCUUUUCUACUCUGUGAGGUCAUUAUGGUGCAAAAUGAAAGAAAUUAAACCCUUUUCUACUCUGUGAGGUCAUUAUGGUGCAAAAUGAAAGAAAUUAAACCCUUUUCUACUCUGUGAGGUCAUUAUGGUGCAAAAUGAAAGAAAUUAAACCCUUUUCUACUCUGUGAGGUCAUUAUGGUGCAAAAUGAAAGGAAUUAAACCCUUUUCUACUCUGUGAGGUCAUUAUGGUGCAAAAUGAAAGAAAUUAAACCCUUUUCUACUCUGUGAGGUCAUUAUGGUGCAAAAUGAAAGAAAUUAAACCCUUUUCUACUCUGUGAGGUCAUUAUGGUGCAAAAUGAAAGAAAUUAAACCCUUUUCUACUCUGUGAGGUCAUUAUGGUGCAAAAUGAAAGAAAUUAAACCCUUUUCUACUCUGUGAGGUCAUUAUGGUGCAAAAUGAAAGAAAUUAAACCCUUUUCUACUCUGUGAGGUCAUUAUGUUGCAAAAUGAAAUAAAUUAAACCCUUUUCUACUCUGUGAGGUCAUUAUGGUGCAAAAUGAAAGAAAUUAAACCCUUUUCUACUCUGUGAGGUCAUUAUGGUGCAAAAUGAAAGGAAUUAAACCCUUUUCUACUCUGUGAGGUCAUUAUGGUGCAAAAUGAAAGGAAUUAAACCCUUUUCUACUCUGUGAGGUCAUUAUGGUGCAAAAUGAAAGAAAUUAAACCCUUUUCUACUCUGUGAGGUCAUUAUGGUGCAAAAUGAAAGAAAUUAAACCCUUUUCUACUCUGUGAGGUCAUUAUGGUGCAAAAUGAAAGGAAUUAAACCCUUUUCUACUCUGUGAGGUCAUUAUGGUGCAAAAUGAAAGGAAUUAAACCCUUUUCUACUCUGUGAGGUCAUUAUGGUGCAAAAUGAAAGGAAUUAAACCCUUUUCUACUCUGUGAGGUCAUUAUGGUGCAAAAUGAAAUGAAUUAAACCCUUUUCUACUCUGUGAGGUCAUUAUGGUGCAAAAUGAAAGAAAUUAAACCCUUUUCUACUCUGUGAGGUCAUUAUGGUGCAAAAUGAAAGGAAUUAAACCCUUUUCUACUCUGUGAGGUCAUUAUGGUGCAAAAUGAAAGAAAUUAAACCCUUUUCUACUCUGUGAGGUCAUUAUGGUGCAAAAUGAAAGAAAUUAAACCCUUUUCUACUCUGUGAGGUCAUUAUGGUGCAAAAUGAAAGGAAUUAAACCCUUUUCUACUCUGUGAGGUCAUUAUGGUGCAAAAUGAAAGGAAUUAAACCAUUUUCUACUCUGUGAGGUCAUUAUGGUGCAAAAUGAAAGGAAUUAAACCCUUUUCUACUCUGUGAGGUCAUUAUGGUGCAAAAUGAAAGGAAUUAAACCCUUUUCUACUCUGUGAGGUCAUUAUGGUGCAAAAUGAAAUGAAUUAAACCCUUUUCUACUCUGUGAGGUCAUUAUGGUGCAAAAUGAAAGAAAUUAAACCCUUUUCUACUCUGUGAGGUCAUUAUGGUGCAAAAU